AGAUGGCGAUGCCAACGAUCCUCAGGGGGAUUACCCAUGCUUUGAGUCUCAGAAGCUGGGCCGGCACUGGGAGGUUACUCGCAUCUUGCUCCAUUCCUCUUCUUUCAAAUAUCCGUACAGUGGCAUCUUACUAUAAUAUUGGAAGAUGGGAAAAGAAGAAUAGAAUCGUUUAUCCUCCUCAAACACCUGAAGAGCCUCGAAGACCUGCAGAAAUUCACCACUGUCGAAGACAUAUUAAAUACAGUAUGGACAAAAUGUGGUAUCUGGCCAAGCUGAUACGGGGCAUGGGCAUAGAUGAGGCACUAGCUCAGCUGGAGUUCAUUGAUAAAAAGGGAGCAAAAGUGAUUAAAGAGGUUCUUCUAGAAGCUCAAGAAAUGGCAGUGAGAAAGCACAAUGUAGAAUUUAAAUCCAACUUAUAUAUUGCUCGAUCAUUUUCAGGGAAAGGCCACUAUCUAAAAAGGAUCCGCUAUCAUGGCAAAGGCAUGUUUGGCAUUAUGGACAAAGUCAGGUGUCAUUACUUUGUGCAACUCGUUGAAGGCCCACCUCCACCUCCAAAGGCACCAAAGACUGGGUUUGAUCAAGCGAAGGAGUAUGUGCAGCAGCUUCGUAACCGAACUAUUACUAAUACGCUGUAAUAUAUU